AUGGCAGUUGAACCUGCCGCUACUCCUGUUGCUGUGUCUAUAGUUCAAGCUGCCGCUACUCCUGCUGUUGUGUCUAUAGUUCAAGCUACCGCUACUCCAGCUGUUGCGUCUGCAGCUCAAGCGCCUGCCACUAGAUAUGCGGGUAACCUCCCUUGGUGCAACAAGUGCACAUACCACCAUUAUACCUCUGGCCCGUGCCUCAAGAAGAUCUGCAAAAGAUCUGGCAAAAAGGGCCACACCACUCAUAACUGCAAAACACCAGUUCAUCUAAUCAAUCAAGCUCCCGGAUCGAGUACUGUUCGAGCCUGCUAUGGUUGUGGAGAGAUCGGGAAUCUCAAGCAAAACUGCCCAAAACAGCAAUCACCAACAACGUCAACAAUGCCGAAAUGGUUUUAG